AUCAACUCUGUCACUCUUGUCACUCUCUGACUUUUUCGCGCCCAAUCCUGAUCGAUGUGAGCUUCCAAUCGCUCCUCGCCGGGCCUUGAUUUGUUGCUGCCUUCGCUUCACUAUCAACCCAACCAGUCUACAGUACUGUACCAGACUGUGACUCUGCCCUACGAGACCCUGUCACUGACUCGCCCCUCCGUUCGCUGCUGUGCCCAACUGCUGCACUUCCCCUGCACGUUGAUGCCAUCGACCCCAGCCUCCUUCGAUUUGUGGCAUCACCUUUCUUUUUCCUAUAACCACCACCAUUAUUACUCGAGCUUCUCUUCGUGUUUCAUCCUUUUUUCGUCCACUCCGAUCGGACUUUUCCGCUGAUCUUGCUAUCUGUGGUUAAACUUCCCGAAUUAAUCCUCUUGGGGCUUUCGGUCUUGUCUGGCCCUGGUCUUUUUUUUUUCUUUAAAAAAAAAAGCCCGCGGUCACUUAAAUUUCUUUAAUACGGUGGCUGCAGCUGCUCCCCUGAAUUAUCUCCUACUUUGUCUUCCCUCUUUAUAUCCCAGAUCUCAUAUAUCCUCAUACAUCUGUCAAACAUUCUUGCCUGUCGGGAAUUUCGCCCCGACGGAACCUUGUUGAAAAGCGCUUUAUACCGCUUCCUCGCCUUUACUGUCGAUCGCAAGCUCUCUGAUGAGUGAUCUCUCUGUACCGACAGUCGUCUACGACUAUUGCUAGUGAUGGCACCGCUCGGCCAGACGAUCGCCGUGAUUGACAAGUCCGGUAAGGUCGUCAGCACGAGUAAACAACUAUUUGGAGUAUUCAACCAAGCCAAGGCCGCUUAUAAAGAGCGCAAGGCCCACUUCAACUCGGAGCGAAAUGCCAAGAUUGCAGAGCAGCAGGCCCUCCAGGCUCUGGCGACCUACAAGAUCGAUGACUCGCCUUCGAUAGCCUCUCGGCGUAGUCACCGCAGCAGGUCACGGCAUCAUUCCAGUCGCAGCCAACAUGGCCAAAGCAGGUCGCACUAUGAACAGGACUUGCAUUCUGCCACGGGAAGGCCCGAGUCUCAUUAUCGACCUAGCGAACGUCUCCCUCGCCGGCAUACACACCAUGAACUCACCGUUCGGGACGCGGCUCGUCCAAUGACAGCCCGAUCGAAAUCAGAUGCCCAUAUCGACAUGGACUUGGCCUAUGGUGAAGCUCAUCCUGCUGCACUGUCGAGGUACAGCCCACCGGAACCUAACGUCGACGACCAGAAGCAGCUCGAUGGCCUAGUGAGCCGUGCCCAGUGGCUUCUCGAGGAAGCACACUGUGUACAGCACAGUGCUACCGCGACCAUCUCCCACCUCCAAAAGAACCCAGAUGCCAUGGCCGCCGUCGCCCUCACCUUGGCAGAAAUCAGUAACCUGGCCAGCAAGAUGGCUCCCGCAGCUCUUUCUGCAUUCAAAGCUGCCGCGCCAACCGUCUUCGCCCUUCUCUCCAGUCCGCAAUUCCUUAUUGCCGCCGGACUCGGGCUUGGCGUGACUGUGGUCAUGUUCGGCGGUUACAAGAUCAUCAAGAAGAUCCAGUCGGGCAACGCCAAUGCAGAGAAAGGCGAAGAAGAAGAAGAGUCCAUCCGCAUGGAAGAAAUGAUGGAACUGAACAUGGAAUCGGAGAGCCGAGUCGAAAUGUGGCGGCGCGGGGUGGCCGACUGUCGGCACUUCUGUCGAUGGCGAGUUCAUCACCCCCGAGCCGCAGCCAUGUCCGGCAUUGAUGUGACGACCGCGCGCGCGCAACGAGAUCCCCGAUUUAAAUUUGACGACGAUGGUUCCGUCGCCUCAUCCCGUCGCUCGCGCCGAUCGCGCACUUCGCGUGCUCAUACCACGGCUGAGUCUCGCAGUGGUCGCCCUAGGAGAGAGACCGAGCCGGUUCCUGCAUCUAAAGCUCCAUCUGGCUUUUUCGUGCGAUCCAAGGCUCCCUCAAAGGUUGCGUCCAAGGCUCCGUCAAAUGCACCUAGUCGUGCACCAAGCAAAGCGCCCAGCAAGGCACCUUCCAAGGCUGGUUCACAAGUCUCUGAGAAGGAGAAGCGGCCCAAGGAGAAGAAGAAGAAGGGUCCGAGUCGCUUGCGACUCAUGUUUACCGCAUAA